UCCACAUGCGUCGACUCGGAUCGUGGUCGGUGGCACUUCUCGUAAAUACUUCCGCAACAAGACCUACUUUGCUACAGUAAUAACCGCCGGAACAGAAAGCCAGCCCACGCCUUUCUUGCUUCGCUCACGCUCCCGCCUCCUCCCUCCUCCUUCCAAGUUCCAGUUCCAGUUGUUGACUGCAACUCUCUCUCUCCUUCUGUUUUACACUGCAUUCUCAACUCUUUCAGAUGUACGAGUCGCCCGGAGAACUACUCCCCAAAGAGAGCGAGUCUGAUCGGGCCGCCCCGAGGAACUCCAGCGCCGGCACUGCCGAGAAGUCUCCGCGGGAAUCCGUACCGGUCGUCGGAGGUGAAGACGUCUCGGUUAGUCAAGUUCUGGUCCCAUCGGUCUCCCCUGAAAAUGCGGAUUCUCUUCCUUCUCUCCCAGUUCCCGCUGCAGCCGUUGCAAUGUCAUCGACCUCUUCGGAACCUCAAGAUGCUGAAGCCGCUUUGAAAUCUUCCAGCUCUCUCGGGAGCGAAGCGCUCGAUGCGAACGGGAAAUCGCCGUCCGAGUUUGGAGAGAUCGAAAUGCCUGAGCAGAAUGGGGAUUCUUCAGAUUCUGCUAAAGAUGGAGAUGCGGAAGCGAUGGAGAAGCCAUCGGGUUUGGUUGAAGAGGAGGCGUCUCCCGAGAAACCGAGCAGGAAGGCCAGUUUCUGUCAUGACGCUUCGGACAACGUAAAGGCCACGAUCAGGCCGUGCCCCAGCCUGAGCGCCAAUCUCAACAAUUAUGAUUCGAUGGAGGACGCCCCACUGCCCGCCAAUGGAAGCCCGGUGAUGGAGGAAGCGUGGGAGAGGCUUAACAAGUCAUACGUCUUCUACAAGGGCAAGCCCGUGGGAACUCUGGCUGCCAUGGAUCCAAACGCUGAUGCCUUGAAUUAUAAUCAGGUCUUUGUUAGAGAUUUUGUACCUAGUGGAUUGGCUUGCCUGAUGAAAAAAGACAUGGAACCAGAAAUUGUGAAGAACUUCCUGUUAAAGACCCUUCAUCUCCAAGGCUGGGAAAAGAGAAUUGAUAACUUCACUCUUGGAGAAGGAGUUAUGCCCGCAAGCUUCAAAGUCGGUUUUGACUUGCAAGACAAAAAGGAGAGACUGGUUGCGGAUUUUGGUGGUAGUGCGAUAGGAAGAGUUGCACCUGUUGAUUCAGGGUUCUGGUGGAUCAUACUGCUGAGGUCAUAUACAAAGUGCACGCAUGAUUAUUCCCUUGCGGACCUGCCAGUUGUGCAGAAAGGAAUGAAGCUGAUACUUAAUCUUUGCCUAUCUGAUGGAUUCGACACUUUCCCAACGCUUCUUUGCGCAGAUGGUUGUAGCAUGAUUGACAGAAGAAUGGGUGUCUAUGGUUAUCCGAUUGAAAUCCAGGCUCUCUUCUAUUUUGCACUAAGGUGUGCACAGCAGUUGCUGAAACCAGAGCGUGAUGGCAAGGAACUUAUUGAGCGAAUUGACAAAAGGAUAAUGGCUCUAAGUUUUCACUUUAGGAAGUACUAUUGGAUGGAUCAUACGCAAUUGAAUAUCAUCUACCGUUACAAAACAGAGGAGUAUUCUGAUACGGCGGUCAAUAAGUUCAAUGUGAUACCAGAAUCGAUUCCUGACUGGGUGUUUGAUUUUAUGCCACUUCGGGGAGGAUAUUUCAUAGGAAAUGUUAGCCCAGCUCGAAUGGACUUCAGGUGGUUCUUAGUUGGCAACUGCAUUGCCAUUUUGAGUUCUCUGGCUACAACAGCCCAAGCAACAGCAAUCAUGGAGCUAAUUGAGGACCGGUGGGAGGACUUGAUAGGGGAGAUGCCUUUGAAGAUCACUUACCCUGCACUCGAGGGUCAUGAAUGGAGGAUAGUCACUGGAUGUGAUCCAAAGAACACAAGAUGGAGCUACCAUAACGGCGGAUCUUGGCCUGUGCUACUAUGGCUGCUGACUGCGGCUUGUAUCAAGACUGGUAGGCCACAGACAGCAAAGCGAGCAAUUGAGUUGGUCGAAAAGCGCCUCGCAAAGGAUGGUUGGCCUGAAUAUUACGAUGGAAGGUCAGGGCGGUAUAUUGGGAAACAAGCUAGAAAGUACCAGACAUGGAGCAUUUCUGGCUACCUGAUUGCAAAGCUGAUGAUUGAGAACCCAGCCAACAUAUCCAUCAUUUCUUUUGAAGAGGACAAGAAGAUAUCCAAGCCUAGGCUCACUCGCUCCACCUCGUUCUAAACCAAUACGGUUGUUAAAAUUUCCCCUUUCACCUCCUUAGAGGAAAGGGAUGCACAUACCCCUACACACAAAUUAGGAAAGAUUGUCCAGUAUAUCUGGUGCGUUGGGCUAAAGCCAUCAAAGGCUUCAACCCUUUAGGAAAAUGAUACCAUACAGGUACAUAUAGAACACUAGAGAAAUUGAACUUUCUUGAAG